AUGGGACCACGGCUCACCUGUUCGGUACCUGAGUGGGUCCCUGACGCGCUCUUUGGUAACCGGGCCUUUCUCCCGGGGGUGGUGGGUCGGUGAGUUGUGACGUGGGAUUGGGUGUUUUCCCCUUUUGUGUUUAGUGUUCGUUGUUUGGACUGGUCAUUUUCGCUUGCUGCGUUUUGAUUUGUUUUUUUUUGCGUUGGUGUCUUCUUUUUCCUUUGUCUAUUUUUUUUCUGCUUUCUCUUGUUGCCGGGCAGUAUGCCGGCAGUAUGUGAAAUAACAGUGGAAAGGGCAAGCCACAUUAAUUUACUUCAUACCACAUUCCUUCUGAAGAAAAUGUGUCUGACCUUUACACAGUAACCCCACUUAGUCACCUUUCCUCAUGAACACGUACGAGACGAAAAAUCUAAUUAAUGCAGUAAGCCGAUUGGACCUCUCUCUCUCCCCCUCUUCCUUUUAUUUCCCUCUUUGUACAUGUCACAGCUCUCUCUCUCUCUCUCUCUCUACCUGUCGCAGCUUUCUAAGCUCCCCCUCUCUCUUUUUGUCUUUCUCUCAUUGCUUUGUUUUCACUCUCAGCUCUCUCCCACUUUAUCUCACUCAGCUCGCGCUCUACUUCAGCUCACUCUCUCAGCUCUCUCAGCUACCCCCCUCUCUCCCCUCAGCUCCCGCUCUCUUUCAGCUCACUCUCUCAGCUCUCUCAGCUCUCUCAGCUACCCCUAUCUCUCCUCUCAGCUCCCGCUCUCUUUCAGCUCACUCUCUCAGCUCUCUCAGCUACCCCCCUCUCUCCUCACUCCUCUCGCUCCCGCUCUCUUCAGCUCACUCUCUCAGCUCUCAGCUACCCCCCUCUCUCCUCUCAGCUCGCGCUCUCUUUCAGCUCACUCUCUCAGCUCUCUCAGCUACCCCCUCUCUCCUCUCAGCUCGCGCUCUCUUUCAGCUCACUCUCUCAGCUCUCAGCUACCCCCUCUCUCCUCUCAGCUCGCGCUCUCUUUCAGCUCACUCUCUCAGCUCUCUCAGCUACCCCCCCUCUCUCCUCUCAGCCCGCGCUCUCUUUUGGCUCACUCUCUCAGCUACCCCCCAUCUCUCUCCCCUCACUCACGCUCUCUUUUCAGUUCACUCUCUCAGCUCUCUCAGCUACCCCCCUCUCUCCCCUCAGCUCCCGCUCUCUUUCAGCUCACUCUCUCAGCUCUCUCAGCUCUCUCAGCUACCCCUAUCUCUCCUCUCAGCUCCCGCUCUCUUUCAGCUCUCUCCUCUCAGCUCCCGCUCUCUUUCAGCUCACUCUCUCAGCUCUCUCAGCUACCCCCCUUCUCUCCUCUCAGCCCGCGCUCUCUUUUGGCUCACUCUCUCAGCUACCCCCAUCUCUCCCCUCAGCUCACGCUCUCUUUCAGCUCACUCUCUCAGCUCUCUCAGCUACCCCUACCUCUCUCCUCUCAGCUCCCGCUCUCUUUCAGCUCACUCUCUCAGCUCUCUCAGCUACCCCCCUCUCUCCUCUCAGCUCCCGCUCUCUUUCAGCUCACUCUCUCAGCUCUCUGAGCUACCCCCCCUCUCUCCUAACAGCUCCCGAUCUCAUAUCAGCUACUACCUCAGCUCUCUAAGCUACCCCCCCCCCUCUCUCCUCUCAGCCCGCGCUCUUUUGGCUAACUCUGCAGCUAACCAUCUCUCCCCUCAGCUCACGCUCUCUUUCAGUUCACUCUCUCAGCUCUCUCAGCUACCCACUAUCUUCCUAUCAGCUCCCGCUCUCUUUCAGCUCACCUCUCUUCAGCUCUUCAGCUUACCCCAUCUCUCCUCUCAGCUCCCGCUCUCUUUCAGCUCACUCGGUCAGCUCUCCUCAGCUAAUCCCCUCUCUCCUCUCAGCUAGCGCCUCUUUCAGCUCACUCUCUCAGCUCUCUCAGCUACCCCAUCUCUCCCCUCAGCUCACGCUCUCUUUCAGCUCACUCUCUCAGUUCUCUCAGCUACCCCCCUCUCUCCUCUCAGCCCACACUCUCUUUUGGCUCACUCUCUCAGCUACCCCAUCCUCUCCCCUCAGCUCAAGCUCUCUUUCAGCUCACUUUCUCAGCUAUCUCAGCUACCACCCCCUCUCCCCUCUCAGCUCGCGCUCUCUUUCAGCUCACUCUCCUCAGCUCUCUCAGCUACCCCCUUCUCUCCUCUCAGCUGCGGGCAACUCUUUCAAGCUCACUCUCUCACUCUCUCAGCUACCUCCCUCAUCCCUCUCAGCCCGCGCUCUCUUUUGGCUCACUCUCUCACGCAGCUACCCCCAUCUCUCCCCUCAGCUCAGCUUCUUUCAGCUCACUUUCUCAGCUAUUCAGCUACCCCCGCUCCCCUUCUCAGCUCGCGCUUCUCUUUCAGCUCCUCUCUCAGCUCUCUCAGCUACCCCUCUCCCUCUAGCUGCGGAUUCUUUCUUCAGCUCACUCUCUCAGCUCUCUCAGCUACCCCCCUCUAUCCUCUCAGCUCGCGCUCUCUUAAGCUCACUCUCUCAGCUCUCUCAGCUACCCCCUCUAUACUCUCAGCUCCCGCUCUCUUGUCAAAGCUCAAUCUCUCAGCUCUCUAAGCUAACCCAUCUCGCCCCUCAGCCACGCUCUCAUUUCAGCUCACUCUCUCAGUUUUCUCUCAGCUACCCCCCUCUCUCCUCUCAGCCCGCGCUAUCUGUUGGCUCACUCUACUCAGCUACCCCUAUCUCUCACCUCAGCUCACGCUCUCGUCAGCCACUCUCUCAGCUCUCUCAGCACCCCUAUCCUCCUUCGCUCCAGCUCUAUUUCAGCUUCACUCUCUCAGCUCUCUCAGCUACCCCCCUCUCUCAUGCUCAGAGCUCCGCUUCUCUUCCAGCUCACUUCUAAUUCUCAGCUACUCCCCCUCUCCUCUCAGCUCGCUAUCUUUUUCAGUCACUCUCUCAGCUCUCUCAGUACCCCCCUCUCCUUCAGCUACGCGCCUCUCUUUCAGUCACUCUAUCAGAUAUCUCAGCUACCCCCUCUCUCCUCUCAGCUCACGCUCUCUUUCAGCUAACUUCUCUCAGCUCUCUCAAGCUACCCCCUCUUCCUCUCAGCUCAUGCUCUUUUUCGCUCACUCUCUCAGCUCUCUCAGCUACCCCUCUCUCCUCGAAAGCCGCGCUCUCUUUCAGCUCACUCUGAAGCUCUCUCAGCUACCACCCUUACUCUCAGCCCGCACCUCUCUUUCAGAUCACUCUCUCAGCUUCUCCGAUCAGUCAGCUACCCCUUUAUCCUCGCAGAUCACACCUCUUCAGCUCACCUCUCAGCUCUUCAGCUAUCCCCCUCUCUAUCUCAGGCCCGACGCUCCUUUUGGCUCAUCUCUCAAGAUACCCCCCUCUCUCCUCUCAGCCGGCUCUCGUAAGCUCUCUCUCUUCCAGGCUCUUCGCUACCCCCCUCCUCUCCUCUCAGCUCGCGCUUCUUUCAGCUCACCUCUCAGCUAUCCAGUACCCCCCUCUCAUCUCAGCUCACGCUCUCUUUCAGAUAACUCUCUCAGAUCUCUCAGCUACCCCCUCUCUCCUAUCAGCUCAUUGCUCUCUUCAGUCAUCUCUCAAGCUCUCUCAAGCUACCCCCCUGUCUCCUCUUCAGCUCGCGCUCUUUUCAGCUCCACUCUCUCAGCUCUCUCAGCUACCACUCUCUCCUCUCAGCACGCGCUUUCUCUUUCAGCUCACUCUCUCAGGCUUCUCUCAGCUACCCCCUCUUCAUCUCAGCCCGGCACUACUCUUUCAGAUCACUCUCUCAGCUCUCUCAGCUACCCCCCUCUCUCCGCUCACUCACACUAUCUUUCCAGCUCACUCUCUCAGAUCUUCAGUAGAACACCCCCUUCUCUCCUCGCAGCCCGCGCAUCUUUUGGCUCAUCUCUCAGCUACCCACCUCUUACUCGCAGCCCGGGCUCUCUUUCAGCUCUCUCUCUCAGCUCUCUCCUCAGCUACACCCCUCUCUCAUCUCCGCCGACGCUCUCUUCAGCUACCUCUCUCAUCUCUCUCAGCUUACCCCCUUUCUCCUCUCAGCAUCCAUUGCUGUUGUCAGCUCACCUCUCUCAGCUCUCUCAGCUACCCCCUCUUCUCUCAGCCCGCACUCUCUUUCAGCUCACUCUCUCAGCUUAUCAGCUCUCUCAGCGACCCCUUCUCCUUCUCAGCUCACAUCUCUGUCAGCUCACUCUCUCAGCUCUCUCAGCUACCCCCCUAUCUCCUCUCAGCCAGCGCUCUAUUUUGGCUCACUCUCCAGCUACCCCCCUCUCCUCUCAGCCGGGCUAUCUUUCAGCUCUCUCUCUCAGCUCUCUCAGCUACCCCCCUCUCUCCUCUCAGCUCGCGCUCUCUUUCAGCUCACUCUCUCAGCUAUCUCAGCUACCCCCUCUCUCCUCUCAGCUCACGCUCUCUUUCAGCUAACUCUCUCAGCUCUCUCAGCUACACCUUCUCUACUCUCGCUCUGUCUCUUCCGCUCACCUUCAGCCUUCUCAGCUACCCCCCAUUUCCUCUCAAGCUCUGCCGCUCUUUUUCAGCUCACUCUUAGCUCUAUCAGCUACCCCCUCUCUCCUUCAGCCGCGCUCUCUUUCAGCUCACUCUCUCAGCCUCUCAGCUUACCCCCUCUUCCAUCUCAGGCCCGGCACUCUAUUCAGACUCACUCUCUCAGCUCUUCAGCUCUCUCAGCUACCCCCUCUCUCCUUCAGCUCACACUCUCUUUCAGCUCAUCUCUAAGCGUCUCUCAGAUGCCCCAUCUCUCCGUCUAGCCGCGCUCUCUUGCUGGCUCACUCUAUCAGCUACCCCCCUCGCCUCCUACUCUCAGCCCGGGACUAUCUUUCAGCUCUCUCUCUCAGCUCUCUCAGCUAACACCCCUCUCUCCUCUCAGAUCGCGCUCUCUUUCAGCUCCAUCUUAUCUCUCUCAGCUACCCCUUUAUCCUCUCAGCUCCUGCUGUCUUUCAGCUCACUCUCUCAGCUCUCUCAGCUACCCCCCUCUCUCCUCUCAGCUCCCGCUGUCUUUCAAGCUCACUCUAUAGCUCUCUCAGCUACUCACCUCUCUCCCUCUAAGGCUGCACUUUUCUUUUCAGCUCAAUCUAUCAGCUUCUAAGGCUUACCCCCAUCUCUCCCCUCAGUCACACUCUCUCAGGCUCACUCUCUCAGCUUAUCAGCUACCCCAUCUUCUCCCCUCAGCUCACGCUGCUCUUUCCAGCUAUCGCUAAUGCUCUCGCAAGAUACCCCCCUCUCUCCCCUCAGAUCAUAUUCUCUUUCAGCUCACUCUCUCAGCUACCCCCCUCUCUCCUCUCAGCUCCCGCUAUCUUCGGCUACUCUCUCAGGCUCUCUCAGCUAACCCACUCUCUCCUCUCAGCUCGCCACUCUCUUUUAAGCUCACUCUCUCAGCUCUCUCAGCUACUCCCUCUCUCCUCUCAGCUCUGCCGCUUUCAGCUCACUCUCUCAGCUCUCUCAGCUACCCCCUUUCUCUUCCUCUCAGCUCGCGCUCUUUUCAGCUCACUCUCUCAGCUCUCUCAGUAACCCCCUACUCCUUCAGCCAGCGCUCUCUUUCAGCUCACUUCUCAAGCUCUACAGCUGACCCCCUAUCUCCUCUCAGCCCGCGCUCUCUUUCAGGCUCACUCCUCACUCCUCCAGCUCUCUCAGCUACCCUCUCUCCUCUACUCAGCCCCACUCUCUUUCAGCUCCACUCUCUCAGCUCUCCACUCUCCCCGUCUCUCCUCUCAGCCCGCGCUUCUCUUUUGGCUCACUCUCUCAGCUACCCCCAUCUCUCCUCUCAGCCGGGCUCUCUUUCAGCUCUCUUCAGCUCUCUCAGCUACACCCCUCUCUCCUCUCAGCUCGCGCUCUCUUUAAGCUCCUCUCUCAGCUAUAUCAGCGACCCCCUCUUCCUCUCAGCUUCCUGCUGUCUUCAGCUCACUCUCUAGCUCUCUCAGCUACCCCCCUCUCUCCGCUCAGCUCACAAUCUCUUCAGCUCCUCCUCUAGCUCUUCAGCUACUCCCCUCUAUCCUCUCAGCUCGCACACUCUUUCAGAACUCUAUCAGCUCUCUCAGCACCCCCUCGCUCUCCCUAGCUUCACACUCUCUUUCAGCUCACUCUCUCAGCUCUCUCAGCUACCCCAUCUCUCCCCUCAGCUCACGCUCUCUUAGGUACUCUCUAGCUAACUCAGCUACCCCCCUCUUCUCCUCUAGCUCGCACUAUCUUUCAGGCUCACUCUCUCAGCUCUCCAGUACCCCAUCUCUCCUCUCAGAUCAUGUUCUCUUUCAGCUCACUCUCUCAGCUCUCUCAGAUACCCCCCCUAUAUCUUUCAGCUCCCGCUCUCUUUCCGCUCACUCUCUAAGCUCUCUAAGCUACCCCCCUCUCCCAUUCAGACUAACACUCUCUUUCAGCUCCACUAGCUCAGCUAUCUCAGCUUACCCCAUCUCUCCCUCAGCUCACGCUCUCUUCAGGUCACUCUCUCAUCUCUCUCAGCUACCCCCCUCUCUCCCUCAGCUCGCAUCUCUUUCAGCUCACUCUCUCGACUCUCUCAGCUACCCCUCUCUCCUCUCAGCCUGCUCUCUUUCAGCGCACUUCUCUCACUCUCUCAGCUACCCCCCUCUAUCUUCUCAGCUCGCACUAUCUUUCAGCUCAAUACUCUCAGCUCUAUAAGCUUACCCCAUUCUCUCCCUCAGCUCACGCUCUCUUUUCAGCUCACUCUCUAGCUCUACAGCUACACCCCCUCUUAUCCUUCAGCCCGCGCAUAUCUUUUGAUAAAUAUCUCAGCUACCCCCAUCUCUCCCCUAGAUCAUAUCUCUUUCAGCUACUCUCUCAGCUACCCCAUUCUAGUUCCUCUCAGCUCCCACUAUCUCAGCUCACUCUCAUCAGCAUAUAAGCUAAUCCCCUAUCCACUCAGCUCGCCACUCUCUUCAGCUCAUAUCUCAGACUCUCUCAGAUACCCCUCUCUCCUUCGCUCCCGGCUCUCUUUCAGCUCCACUCUCUCAGCUCUCUCAGCUACCCCCUCUCUCCUCUCUGACCGCGCUCUCUUUCAAGCUCACUCUCUCAAGCACUCUCAGCUACCCCCUCUCUCCUUUCAGCUCACGCUCUCUUUCAGCUCACUCGUCAGCACUCUCAGCACCCCCUCUUCAUCUCAGCUCGCACUCUCUUUCAGCUCCACUCUCGCAGCGAUAGCAGUACCCCCCCCUCUCAUCUCAGCUCCUGCUCUCUUUUAGAUCACUCUCUAGCUUCUCUCAAGCUACCCCCCCCUCCUCAUCCUUCAGCUCCGCUCUCUUUCAGACUCAUUCUUCAGCAUCUCAGCUACCCAUUCUCUCCCUCAGCUCACGCUCUCUUUCAGGUCACCUACUCUCAGCUCUACAGCUACCCCCCUCUCUCCUCUCAGAUCAAUCUCUUUAAGAUCACUCUCUCAGCUCUCUCAGCACCCCUCUUCCUCUCUAAGCCGCGCUCUUUUCGCUCACUUCUCAGUCUCGAGCUACCCCUCUAGUCCUAUCAGCCCGCGCUUCUCUUUUAGCUCACUCUCUAGCACUUCAGCUCACCCCUCUCUCCUCUCAGCCCGGCCGAUUCUCUUUUGGAUCACUCCUCUCAGGCUAACCCCCAUCUCUCCCCUCAGAUCACGCUCAUUCAGCACUCUCGCAGCUCUCUAGCUACCAUAUUCUCUCUCUCAGCUCCCGCUCUCUUUCAAGCUCAACUCUAUCAGGCUCUCUCAAGCUACCCCCCUCUCUUCCUCUAAGUCCGCUCUCUUUAACUCACUCUAUAGCUCUCUCAGCUACUCCCCUCUCUCCUCUCAGCUCACGCUCUAGGUCAGCUCACUCUCUCAGCGCUUUCAGGCUACUCCCCCCACUCUCCUCUCAGCAUCGCGCUCUCUUUCAAGCUCACCUCUACCAGCUCUCUCAGCUACCCCCUCUCACCUCUCAGCUAGCGCUGUCUUUCAGCUCACUUCUUGCUAGAGUUCCGUAGCUACCCCCCUCUCUCUCUCAGCUUCCUUGCGUCUUUCAGCUACUCUCUCAGCUCUCCUCAGCUACCCCAUCCUCUCCUCUCAGGAUCCCGCUCUCUUUCAGCUCACGCUCUUCGCCUCUCAAGCUUACCCCCCUCUCUCUCUCAGCUAGCAAUCUCUGUCAGCUCACUAUCUCAGUCUCUCAGCUACCCCCCUCUUCCCUUCAGCUCACACUCUCUUCAGCGCACUCUCUCAGCUCUUCAGCUACCCCAUCUCUCCCCUCAGCUCACGAUCCUUCAGCUCAAUCCUCUACGCCUCUCAGCUACCCACCCCUCUCUCUUCUCAGAACGCGCUCUUGUUGGCUCAAUAUCUCAGCUACCCCCAUCUCCCCUAAAGAUCUAUUCUCUUUCUGCUACUCUCUAGCUACCCCCCUCUCUUCCUCUCAGCUCCACUCUCUUUCAGCUCACUUAUCAGCUCUCUAGCUACUCCCCUUCUCUCCUCUAAGCUCGCACUCUCUUUCAGCUCACUCUCUCCAUCUCUCAGCUACCCCCUCUCUCUCUCAGCUCGCUUCUUAUUUCAGCUCACUCUAUCAGCUCUAUCAGAUACCCCCUCUCUCCUCUCUGCCGCGCUUCUUGCAGCUCACUCUUAGCUCUCUAAGCUACCCCCCUCUCUCGUCAGCUCCCGCUUCUCUUUGCAGCUCACUCUCUCAGCACUCUCAGCUACCCCCCCCAUCUCUUGCUCUCAGCCCGCGCUCUCUUUUGGGCUCACUCACUCAGCUACCCCCAUCCUCUCCCCUCUGCUCACGCUCUCUUUCAGCUCACUAUCUAAGCUCUUCUCAGCUACCCUAUCUUCUCUUCUCAGCUCCCGCUCUCUUUUCAGCUCAUCUCUCCAGAUCUAUCAGCUACCACCUCUCUCCUCUCAGCUCCUGCUCUCUUUUAGCUCACUCUCUUCAGCUCUCUCACGCUACUCCACCUCUCUUUCCUCUCAAGCUUCACGUCUCUUUCAGCCUCAUCUUCUCAGCUCUUUUCAGCUACCCCCCCCACUCUCCUCUCAGCUCGCCCUCUCCUUUCAGCCUCACUCUGAAUCCGGCUCUAUCUCAGCUACCCCACCUCUCACUCCUCUCAGCUCGCGCUCUCUUUCAGCUCCACUCUCUCAGCUCUCUCAGCUACCCCCCUCUCCCCUCCUCAGCCCUGCGCAUCUCUUUUGGCUCACUCUCUCAGACUACCCCCACUCUUUCCUCUCAGGCCCGCGCUCUCUUUGCGAAAUCUAUCAGCCUCUCUCAGCUACCCCCCUCUCUCUCAGCUCGCGCUCUCUUUCAGUCACUCUAUCAGCUCUCUCAGAUACCCCCUCUCCCCUCUCAGCCCGCCGCUCUCUUUUGGGCUCACUCUCGUCAGCACCCCCUCUUCCUCUCAGCCCGCGCUAUCUUCAGCUAACUCAGUCUCCAGCCUCUCAGCAACACCCCCUCUCUCCUCCAGUACGCGCCUCUUAGCUCACUCUCUCAGCUCUAUCAGCCUACCCACUCCUCUCCUCUCAGAUCCUGCUCCUCUUUUCAGCUUACUCUCUCAGCUCUCUCAGCUACCCACCCCUCUCCUCUCAGAUCGCGCUCUCUUCAGCCUAACUCUCUCAGCUCUCUCAGCUACCCCCCUCUCUCCUCUCAAGCCCGUGCUCUAUUUCAGCUUCACUCUCUCGCUUCUCAGCUACCCCCCCUCUCUCUCAGCUCGCGCCUCUUUCAGCUCACUCUUCUCAGCUCUCUCAGAUACCCCCUCUCUCCUCUCAGCUCGCGCUCUCUUUCAGCUCAUCUCUCAGCUCUAUCAGCUACCCAUUCUCUCCUAUAGCCCGCGCUCAUUUCAGCUCACUCUCUCAGCUUUCUCAGCUACCCCCUCUCUCAUCUCACCCGCACUCUUUUCAGAUCACUCUAUCAGCUCUCUCAGGCUACCCCCUCUCUCUCUCAGCUCCUGCUCUUCAGCUAACUCUCUCCGCUCUCUACUACCCCCCUCUCUCUCUCAGCCCGCGCGCUCUUUGGUCUCUAUCUCAAGUUACCCCCCCUCUCCUCUCAUCCCGUCUCUCUUUCGCUACACUUAUCUCAGCUCUCUCAGCUACCCCCCUCUCUCCUCAGCCCCGCGCUCUCUUCAGGCUCACUCUCUCAGCACCCCACCUAUCUCCUCUCAGAUCGCGCUCUCUGUCAGCUCACUCUACAGUUCUCUAAGAUACCCCCUCUCUCCUCUCAGCAUCGCACUCUCUUUCAACUCAACGAUCUUCAGCUCUCUCAGCUACCCCCCCUCUAUCCUCUCGGCUAGCGCUUCUUUUUCAGCUUCACUCUCUCAGCUCUCUCAGCUACCACACCCCUCUCUCUCUUUCUGCUCGCGCUCUCUUUCAGCUUACUCUCUCAGCUCUCUCAGCUUCCCCAUCUCUCCUCUCAUUCCGCUCUCUCUUUCAGCUCACUCUCUCAGCUCUCUCAGCUACCCCCCUCUCUCCUCUCAGCCCGCGCUCUCUUUUGGCUCACUCUCUCAGCUACCCCCCUCUCUCCUCUCAGCCCGCGCUUCUUUCAAGCUACCUCUCUCAGCUCUCUCAGAUACCCCCCUCUCUCUUCUCAGCUCGCGCUCUCUUUCAGCUCACUCUCUCAGCUCUCUCAGCUACCCCCUCUCUCCUCUCAGAUCCUGCUCUCUUUCAGCUUACUCUCUCAGCUCUCUCAGCUACCCCCCUCUCUCCUCUCAGCUCGCGCUCUCUUUCAGCUCACUCUCUCAGCUAUCCUCUCAGGCUCCCCCCCUCUUCCUCUCAGCCGUGCUCCUUUCCAGCUCAAUUCUAGCAGCUCUCUCAGCUACCCCCCUCUCUCCUUAAGCUCGCGCUCUCUUUCAGCUCACUCUCUAAGCUCAUAAGUACCCCCUCUAUCCUCUCAGCUUGCGCUCUCUUUCAGCUCCUACUUCAGCUGUCUCAGCUUACACCCUCUCUCCUCUCAGCCCGCGGAUCUCUUCAGCAUCCACUCUAUAGAGAGUUCGUCAGCUAACCCCCUUCUCCUAUCAGCACGAACUCUCUUUCAGCUCACUCUCUCAGCUCUCUCACGCUACCCCCCUCUCUCCUCUAAGCUCCUGCUAUCUUUCAGCUCACUCUCCAGUCUCUCAGCGACCCCCCGCUCUCCUCUCGCCCGCGCUCUCUUUGGCUCUCGAUCUCAGUUACCCCUCUCUCCUCUCACCCGCUCUCUCUUUAAGACUAACUCUUACUCAAAACUCUCUCAAGGCUACCCCCCUCUCUCCUCUCAGCUCGCGCUCUCUUUCAGCUCACUCUCUCAGCUCUCUCAGCUACCCCCUCUCUCCUCUCAGCUCGCACUCUCUUUCAGCUCACUCUCUCAGCUCUCUCAGCUACCCCCCUCUCUCCUCUCUGCUCGCGCUCUCUUUCAGCUCACUCUCUCAGCUCUCUCAGCUACCCCCCUCUCUCCUCUCUGCUCACGCUCUCUUUCAGCUUACUCUCUCAGCUCUCUCAGCUUCCCCAUCUCUCCUCUCAGCCCGCGCGCUCUUUCAGCUCACUCUCUCAGCUCUCUCAGCUACCCCCCUCUCUCCUCUCAGCUCCCGCUCUCUUUCAGCUCACUCUCUCAGCUCUCUCAGCUACCCCCCUCUCUCCUCUCAGCCCGCGCUCUCUUUCAGCUCACUCUCUCAGCUCUCUCAGCUACCCCCUCUCUCCUCUCAGCUCGCGCUCUCUUUCAGCUCACUCUCUCAGCUCUCUCAGCUACCCCCUCUCUCCUCUCAGUUCCCACUCUCCCUUCCUUUUAUCUUUUUAGAUUCUUAUUCAGAGAAAAUCAUGCCGUAGUAAAUCAAUAAAAGUGUUCCCUAUAACAGACUUCUAUGUUUUCCGCUCAUCGAUCCUGUCAGCCCAGAUACAUUUAUGAGCAAGCCACGCGAUUACCCAUAGCAAUCCUAACUCUGAUCCUUAGCGCAAAUGACAGGCACCAGACUUCAGCUCGGGGUAAUUGUGAUGCUGAAAAGGGGGCAUUGUUAAUCUUCCUUUUUUCCCCUUGCUUCUGGGACUGAGUUCAAUGGUCUAUGGUCUAGACCAGGGGUAGGCAACCCUGGACCUAGAGUGUUGCAGGGACUUCAUGUUUUUGUUCUAACCAACCUGGAAGACCAGGUGUGUUGAAUUUAGGCAAUCACUGAACUGAUCAAUUAGCUCAGUUAGUCCUGUGUGGAGUUGGGACAAAAUCCUGCAAUACCUGCGUCACUCCAGGAAUAGAGUUGCCUACCCCUGGUCUAAACUGCCUGCAUGGGCGGCAAUCACUACACUACCUUAUCUCUGGUGGGACUGAGAGAUGGAGAAAUGUGAUUAUGUAUUAUUAUGUGCAACAGGGUGUACUGUACUGUAGAGACCCUAUGAGUCAUCCUAUCAAAGUCAGACUUCAGCAAGGGCAGGAGGUGGAUUUUAGAGUAUUUUCUAUUGGCUGUGCAGGUAAUUAAUGGUAAAUUGGAGACGGAUGCAAUAUUGAGAAUGCAAAGUCCAUUUAAAACACCUCUAAUGGAAAGAGUGCUCAGAACAGUCUGAUCAAUGGGAGUGUUACAACGCCUAUCGUUAAAGAAAAUUGGAAUAUGCUUGACUUGAUGAAGCAGAAUAGUGACAAGCAUAAUACAAGUUUACCUUUUGUUCCUAUGAUACACGGAGGAGGAAGUAAUCAUGCUCCAAAAGAUUGUAAUUGAAUCCCUCUAUUUCACACAGUAGAUGUAAAUUUAGCAACGCGCAUGCCCUGCCCACAUGAGGAUCUGUCUCUUUUUCAGCCAUCUAUUCCCUGUGUUUGAGGGGUGCAAAAUCCACUUGUCACUUAAAUCUCGCUGGAUGGAUUGCUUUAAUUUUACUCUUGCGACUCUUUUAUACUCUUGCUUGUGCCUGUCGUUUUUUCCCGUUAACGUUACGACCGCAGAAAUGUCUGUAAUGACCUGUCAAACACACCCUGGUAAUGGCUGAAAUGGGCUCACUGGAAUACAUUGUCUUUCUGUUGCAUCUAUAAGAACGCUAAAGCUUAAUCGGGGAUUUAAAGCAUCGUCUCAACACUUGCAUCACAAGAAAGAUACCUUUAUUUUGAUGGUUGUUCAUUUUUUAUGAAAUUGAAUAAAGUUACAAUUUAAUGCAGUUGAAAUGUUUACAGAUUAGAUGCGCUAAAAUGAAAGCAACUUCUGUAAAUGAACACUCAGAUUAUAGUGAUAUUAUGUCUGAUCUCGCUAACAAUAUUAAGUAUAUAUAGAUAGGUGUAAUCUAGAGCCAAGCAUGUUGAUUUUUAAUCUGAGGGUAUCCUGCUAUUGACACACUUGUUGAAUUAUGCAACAGAACGUGACAACAACAGUAAUUAAUGCAGCAGUCUAGACUGCGCAGGUGAGUACAGGUAGGCCUAGACAGAGCACGUUUUUUGUGGUUGCAGCCCUGUUCCACCCCUUUAUGUUAAUGUUUUAUAUGUAAAUCACCGCAGUGUAUUGAUGCAAAUGAAGGACAUAUCAUUUUCUUUAUUUAAACACAAAACAUUAAAAGAAUACCUGAUACCAUUGGAAAAUGUAUAUAUGAGUGCAUUCUAAGAAAAAAAGUGAAAUUUGACAAUAAAUUGAAUACCUGGAUUGUCACCAAAAUCCCUGAACUCCAUUGUUUGCUCAUGGCGGUAAUAUUUUUGUUUUGUUUUGCUAUAAUUCAGUCAAUAUUUGGAGUAUCUCCAUCCAAUGUCCAACUGUUGCAUAUACAAGAAUUUAAAAAACUAUCUUUAACAAAUGUUUAUAACAAACUGGCAUCUCGCCUAAUUUGUAGUCCAUUAGCUGACGGAGAGGUGCACAGGUGUGAAAUCCUAAUCACAUACCGUUCAUACCCACUGCGUCUCAUAGAAGUAGUAAUGUGGGAAGCUCUUAGUCUCACUUCCAUGCAUUUACUGAUUAAAGGUUUAGCCCUUUUACUCAGCGGGAGGUCAAAGUGCUAAUUAAAAAAGCAUGCCCUGGAAAAGUGAAUCAUUGUGAUGGAAUGAUUAACAUAUUCCUAGACCCAGAAUACGUUUUGUGGAAGAAAUAUAUCAACAGGCCAAGAGACAUGGAGGAAAUCAGGGUUGUGCUCCCGAAAUAACACACAACCCUCUUUCUGAUUCUUAAAUCGUUCCCUGCAGCAAAAAGCUCAGGAGAGAAAACAAUUUUAGUUUGUUUCGAGCCCUGUUCCUGAAAAGAUGGGAUGUGACUCAACAAUAUAUCAGACCUAUAUAAGACCUUUGGGGAGACAGAGUGCAUCACAUUAUAACAACAACAUUGAUGAGAUACAGCUCCUAUCAAAUAUUGAGAAUAGAUACUUUUGGAGAGAGAGAGAGACACACAGAUAGAGAAAGAGACAGGAAUAGAGUGAAAGAGGGAGAGAUGGUGUGUGUGUGCUCGCAUGUGUGUUUUAAAUGCAAAUCACCAUUGUUCGCUUUUCCGAUUGCUUUGCUUUCUCAUCCUUUUGACCCAGAACACUCAAUUCUGGCGAGUGCUGAAGUGGUUCAGCUACUAACAUCUGACAGUAUUCCUUCCCCUGAAUUUGUGUAAUUGCAUUACAACUCAAACUGAUUUUGUACUCGCGUGUACGUUUGGCCGUUCAACACUUAUUAAGUUAUCUUGAACAUGACCUCCCGUUCCCCUCCUCUAUUUGUCUUCUUUAUGCAGUUGACCCCCUUUGAGUUGUGGAUCAAAGCUAUAACUCACACUCGGUGCUAUGUGAGGCAGGGCUGCGGAAUCCCAUCAGUGGGCUGCUGUGUCCUCAUUCUCCUAAUAAGAAUGGAUGGUAUUCAUACAGUGGCUUAGGUUAGAUGGUGUGAUGGGGUAACACAACCACAUCCAACCAUGUCAAUGUGUUGCGCUCAGCCCACCUGAGUGAUGCAAGUUAGCCGCUCUGAACCUGAACACUCAUUAGAUCUCGGUGAUUCCACCGGGGACCGGUGAGGAGGGGUGAGGAGAGGUAAGGAGAUACCAGUGGCCGUUUCCGAAUACCCAUACUAGCAUAUACACACUUAAAGUGCAUACUCUGUACUCAUCGUCGCAUACUAUUUAGCACCUACCGUUUAGUAAAAAGUAUGCAGUAUGCCACGGCCGCAACGCAGUAGCGGCUCCUGACUGGCUGAGUAGGUGGGGCGUGGCCGAGUGCGGGUGGGUUUUUCCAAAAUCAGCAGACAUGCAUCACAAUAACCAGCCUGAUAAUAGCUAUUUUACAAUUCUAUUAAUUUAUUUAAACUCUGAAUAGCAUAUACACACUUAAAGUGCAUACUCUGUACUCAUCGUCGCAUACUAUUUACGCACUCCCGUUCGAAAAAAGUCGCAGUAGGCACGGCCGCAACGCAGUAGCGGUCUGACGGCUGGUAGGUGGGCGGUGGGCCGAGUGCGGGUGGGUUUUUUCCAAAAUCACGCAGAAAUGCAUCACCAUACAGCCUGAUACUAGCUAUUUUUCAAUUUUCUAUGAUUUAUUUAAAUCUGCAUAGACUCGGAAUGGAGUUCUCGGCAUACUCAGCUGGUUAUAGGAAGACUAACACAUUUAAACCUAUACCGUAGCCCAUCAUAAGCCCAUUCUAUCCUAUUAAAAAGGAUGAAGGACAGAAACAGAUAAUUUGGUUCUAUUUCAAAAUAUUUAUUAGUGAAACCAAAGUGCUGUAAUGUAUAUAAAUUAAAUUAAAUAGCCUAGUACACUCACCAAAACUUUUUAAAUGUGGAUCGCAAAUUCAGAACCGCUGGACAGCUACUGAACAUAAUAAACUAAACCACUGAUCAUUGGUAACGAACAGCAGAAUGACUGCUUAGGUUUGAUCCAUAAAUUAAACAAUUAAAUAGGUAGCCUGUACUACAAUACUAAAACAAUCCAUAUGUUCAAAUCAAAAGGCCUGAAUAACAUGACAUCAACAAAGCCGCCACAUCCCGAAUCCCUGGUGCCGACAUAUUCAGAAAAAAAAAAAGUGUUUAUUAUUUCAUUUAAAAUCUCUGAAAAGAGAACAAAAAACACUUUUCAAUGAGAAAACAGAAAUCCACUUAGAUUUUUUUUUUUUUACAAAUACUUCUGUUUUCAAAGAUGUACAGUAGCCUAAAAUGCAAUACUCGUGAUAAUUUUUAAGAGAAUAAAAACUAUUUAGAAUACAUUUGAACACCACUGCAUCAUCCCAAUUAAGUAGCCUAGUUUUAUUGUUUGGCUACUUAAAGAGAGCUAGGGCCUACCUCUUCCAAUGCAUUGUGGAAAUGUGUGCAUCGAAUUAUACUAGAUGAAGAGCCUAAAUGAGUAUAACAUCCUGGCAUUUAAACUAUACUUGAUUUUUUACAGUUCACUUACUUGAUUUUCACAUGCUGAGAAUGCGUCAUGCGCGAUUGCGUAGUUUUCCGUUAUUCGUUGAUUUCGGUAGUGCAUCCCCAUACAGUGAGGGAAAAAAGUAUUUGAUCCCCUGCUGAUUUUGUACAUUUGCCCACUGACAAAGAAAUGAUCAGUCUAUAAUUUUAGUGGUAGGUUUAUUUGAACAGUGAGAGACAGAAUAACAACAACAAAAUCCAGUAAAAACGCAUGUCAAAAAUGUUAUAAAUUGAUUUGCAUUUUAAUGAGGGAAAUAAGUAUUUGAUCCCCUCUCAAUCAGAAAGAUUUCUGGCUCCCAGAAAAGGGAGUGCUCCCAAUCUCAAUUUGUUACCUGUAUAAAAGACACCUGUCCGCAGAAGCAAUCAAACAAUCAGAUUCCAAACUCUCCACCAUGGCCAAGACCAAAGAGCUCUCCAAGGAUGUCAGGGACAAGAUUGUAGACCUACACAAGGCUGGAAUGGGCUACAAGACCAUCGCCAAGCAGCUUGGUGAGAAGGUGACAACAGUUGGUGCGAUUAUUCGCAAAUGGAAGAAACACAAAAGAACUGUCAAUCUCCCUCGGCCUGGGGCUCCAAGCAAGAUCUCACCUCGUGGAGUUGAAAUAAUCAUGAGAACGGUGAGGAAUCAGCCCAGAACUAAACGGGAGGAUCUUGUCAAUGAUCUCAAGGCAGCUGGGACCAUAGUCACCAAGAAAACAAUUGGUAACACACUACACCGUGAAGGACUGAAAUCCUGCAGCGCCCGCAAGGUCCCCCUGCUCAAGAAAGCACAUAUACAGGCCCGUCUGAUGUUUGCCAAUGAACAUCUGAAUGAUUCAGAGGAGAAAUCGGUGAAAGUGUUGUGGUCAGAUGAGACCAAAAUCGAGACCAAAAUCAAGCUCUUUGGCAUCAACUCAACUCGCCGUGUUUGGAGGAGGAGGAAUGCUGCCUAUGACCCCAAGAACACCAUCCCCACCGUCAAACAUGGAGGUGGAAACAUUAGGCUUUGGGGGUGUUUUUCUGCUAAGGGGACAGGACAACUUCACUGCAUCAAAGGGACGAUGGAUGGCGCCAUGUACCGUCAAAUCUUGGGUGAGAACCUCCUUCCCUCAGCCAGGGCGUUGAAAAUGGGUCGUGGAUGGGUAUUCCAGCAUGACAAUGACCCAAAACACACGGCCAAGGCAACAAAGGAGUGGCUCAAGAAGAAGCACAUUAAGGUCCUGGAGUGGCCUAGCCAGUCUCCAGACCUUAAUCCCAUAGAAAAUCUGUGGAGGGAGCUGAAGGUUCGAGCUGCCAAAUGUCAGGCUCAAAACCUUAAUGACUUGGAGAAGAUCUGCAAAGAGGAGUGGGACAAAAUCCCUCCUGAGAUGUGUGCAAACCUGGUGGCCAACUACAAGAAACGUCUGACCUCUGUGAUUGCCAACAAGGGUUUUGCCACCAAGUACUAAGUCAUGUUUUGCAGAGGGGUCAAAUACUUAUUUCCCUCAUUAAAAUGCAAAUCAAUUUAUAACAUUUUUGACAACAUUUUUUUGUUAUUAUUCUGUCUCUCACUGUUCAAAUAAACCUACCAUUAAAAUGAUAGACUGAUCAUGUCUUUGUCAGUGGGCAAACGUACAAAAUCAGCAGGGGAUCAAAUACUUUUUUCCCUCACUGUAUCUAAUUGAUCAGCUGUUGUCAAAGCAGAAAAUAGUAUGACAUCCUGGCAUUUAAAGUAUACUCGAUUUUCAAAAUGUUGCAUACUAUUAAACUUAAUUUUUUUGCAUACUUAAAUGGCCUCCUUAGGACGCAAGUAUGGGUAUACGGACACGGCAAGAUUCUGGGUUUUCUCCUUUCUUUUCACAUGCUAUUUCAUUUAGCUACACGUCACCUGUAAAGUCAACCGGAGCUUUGAUGAGCCAAAGUUUCUGUGAUAUUUGCAGGGAACCGGGAACAUCUCAAAUUAUGAUAAAUAGUUUAAUAGUAAUAAUGAUGAUAGUUUUUAUAGCUUUUUACCAGGUCUCAAAGUGCUUUUCACUGUCUGUCUGGUUGGAAAUCACGUCAUCCACCACCAAUAAUACAUGUAUUUAGUGAGGCGUAUUUAGUGAGGUAAAACAUUCAGAACGUUGCAGACAGAAAUAUAAUGAAUAGGGUUGAAUGUUGUAUACUGCUGUUGCACCCUCUUGAAAAAUAGAGGAGUGAACAUCACUUCCUCUCUGUCCUCCAAUCAGAUCCCUCAGAUCAGCUACGCCUCCACGGCCCCGGAGCUGAGUGAUGACAGGCGCUAUGACUUCUUCUCUCGGGUGGUUCCUCCGGACUCAUUCCAGGUCCAGGCCAUGGUGGACAUCAUCAGAGCCCUGGGCUGGACCUACGUGUCCACCGUGGCCUCUGAGGGCAGCUACGGAGAGAAGGGCGUGGAGGCCUUCCAACAGAUCUCCAAGGAGGCUGGUGAGUGAUGGAAGUAGUAGUGGAUAUGUUACUGUAAAUUAUAAGAUACUAUGGUACGAUUUAGUUUUGGAGUUAUCUGAGGCCGUCAAUUACAGUUAGAGUUGUGUUGUUCCUCUAUAAGCCGUUUUUACCCAGAGUCCCAUACAGACAGAUGAGUGAUGGUGAUCACAGGUGGGAAUCAACCCUCCACCUUACAGCAGGUUGUAAUUACACUGCCAGAUUUAAGAUGGGUAGUACACUGAAAGGCUGGAGAGGAGGAGAGAGGGGGGGGGGGGGGGGGGGGGUGUUUUGUCCAUCUGGGGCUCACUAUGGACCUACAAUUUACUGUAAAUGCCAUGCUGAGACUAUACAGGCAAUUAUAUUUUGUAAUAAAUUAAGAAGUAUUAAUGAGCUUGACAACAAUUAACAUAGUGACUCUAGUUCUGUGAGUGUCCUUGGGUAAAAUAUGUUUGAAGAAUAUAAGAGUUUGUUCUUUGCAUGCUGGCAAUAUAUGUUGUGUGGGAGAACUCUCAAUUCCAUUUCCAUCCAAGUGACAGAGGCACUGCUUUAAGAAAGGAUGACCUAUUCCAUCAUCUGGCCCAGGAAAUUACAUUCCAUGAUCCACGGUUCAGCAUUCAUACAACUCCUCCCCUGGCAAUAUCGCUGUACUAAGGGAACCAAGGUUACUUCCUGAUUCUCAUCUUGACCUCUACAGAUCCCAAUACAUUUCCUGUAAUCUGCACCUACUAGCUAGACCCCUGUCAACCAAUCUCCGAACCUCGGUACUGAGGAGUGAUGCUAGUGUAUGCCAACCUCUGAAAGGGAGAGAGCUAACGAUAUCCCAUGGGUGACGAUCAGAAGUCCGGCGGACAUGAAUAUUUCAUCUGUGCGCGUUCAUGUGUAGUCUGAUCACUCAUUAAAACUUGAAGAGGCUGUUGUGGUGCUGGAGAGAACAGCUGCAGGAGGAGCCUCUGUAGAACACUGAGAGGGAAUUGGGAAGAAGAGUCUGGAUGAUUUAGUUAGUUAUUUUGGCGGGGGUUUUAUUUCAGCUUGUUACAUCCUCCAGUGCACACGGUGGGUCUGCAGCUACCAGAUUGUUUUCUUUCUGUUGUAUUUCCUUCACUGGUGUUUGUGUCUCAGCAUAGAGUCGGCAAAAUGCUGCAUUGAUAUUAUUGCCUUGACUGUAAAAAUAUCACAGACGAGGGGGUUAGAAAUUAUAGGAUAUUGCUGUUGUUGUUGACUCAUACAUUACAAUAGAGCUACAGUCAGGGAAUGUUCUGUAUUCCCAUACAAAUCAAAUAGGAAUCAUUUCCCUCAAUGGAAGCCCUGCACAAUAUAGGCAUUGUGAUUUUAAUAAAAGCAUUGAUUACGUUAUGACAUAACUGUGUAUAUUUAUAACAUCAAAGAAUGUGCCAGUUUCAGCAUCACAUGCUGCAUUGGAUUGAAAUGAACAAGUAACAUACUGCAUCUGCACUGAAAGCAGCAGUGGUGCAAUAGAAAUAACUCCAAUAACAUUGAGAGAGAAACUUGCAGACCUAAAUACACCCCAGUGUGUUGUUUGAGUUGAUCUGUAGGGCCUUGAGAUGUUUUGUGGGCUCUCAAUACUUUUGGUGGGAGUGAAAUGUCAGAUGCAUUAGUAGCGUUCUCGCUUCACCACUUCAAGGAGCAGCAUCCACCGGACUAAUGCAAUAUGGCCGCCCAUUACCCUGAGUAGAGACUAGAGUGAUGGUCAGCUCGUAUCGAUCUCUGAUGUUUUCCACUCUCCUCUUGCCCCAUUGUUUGGGUAGUCUUCCACCCUCGCAGUUUCAUGCGAAUGCACUCUCCUCGAAAAGAAGAAACAUAAAGCGGAUGUUUCCGGUUUUCAGGGAUACAGUAUUUUCAACAUAACUUCCAUUUCCCCUGAAAAAUGGAUGCGGGGACUCCUAUCAGGCGGCUUUUCACGGCUGCUACGUUAGGUUAUGCGAAUGAGUUGUCUUUUCUUUAGAAGUGGAGCAAGGAAAGAUUCAUCUUGUUAGUAUUUUCCUCGGCUUGGGUCCAGAGCGAUGGAGUUUGUUUUUCCUCUUUGAUAAACAGACUCAUGCAAGCGCGUUUGAGGAGUAGAUACUCCCACAGACAUCACUCUUAAAUUAAUUGCAGUAUGCUGCCACAGCCGUGUUUUUAUAUCACUAAUUUGAACUGCGAAAAACCUGUCAAAUUUUCUGCAGUGCGACUGGAGCGGAAAUAUGAAAGAUAAUGUUUUUGUUUUACUUCAUACAUAUGAAGUGACUUCACUGGCUUGCCCUCAGUAUUUGACCAACAGCUUGGUGUGUUCUCGGAAAAUGAGCAUUCUAAACUGGAACAAUGUACUCCUGCAGCCCUCCUCUCUAUCUUCUAGAGUGAACAUGACAAGUUGGAAUGGAAUAUGGUAUAAGGAAGGAAUGAAGGAAGGGGCUCACACGUACAGAGUAGGAAUGGUGUUCCAUUUCUGUGGGCUCCCACUUGAGCUGCAUUGGGAGGAGCUGCAUUGGGAGGAAAGUGGCAUCGGAGGGAGCCUGUCGUUGUUCUGUCUCUGCUCUGGAGGUGACAAAUAUAAUUGGAGAAUUAUGGAUCCCCUUCGGGGGUGGGGUGGUGCUGCGGGUGGGGUGGUGGGGUCAGAGUGAAACGGGUAGUAGGGGUGUUGAGUCCAUUGGGAACCACCCGGAUUUUGGGGGAGUUUCCUGGAACGCCACGGUCUAAUCUCCCCCCCAUUUAGGGAAUCUCCGGGAUAUGGGGAUGAACACUUGAAGCUGUUAAUGCAGCAUAUGACCUGUGGCACUCAGCCCAGGACUAGCAGAAGCCUGAUUAAUUAAAUCAUCAUUAUUUUAUCUGUGAUAAAUUAAUCAAACUGGGAAAUGUGGAGCACCGAGUUGGAGGGGGGAGGAUGUUUAAUGUAGAUACCGACCGGUAGGUCCAUCAUUAUAUAAAUGAAGUAUUGUGCUCAUUGAAAUGUCAUAGGAUUCUAAUUUCACAAAAACCAAAUGCUUACCCAAUGCUUUUAGACUGUUGCAUUAAAACAGUUUGAUGUUCUAUGUUAGAAUCUCCUAUAUCUAAGAUUUGAAUUCUCCACACAGAGCAGUGUGAGUAGUAAAACACUCCACUCUAUGAUAUCCCCUGCAUUUAUCUCUGAGUUAUACAUUUUUUUCCAACAGAGACUCUUUAUUCCAGUGGCUUCUGUGUGAAUGGAGAGCUCUCUCUUUCAUGUCCAGAGAUCAGACACUCUGCCAGUGGCAGGUGAAGACACUCAGACCCACAGCACAGAGUUCUGGCUGUAGACUCCUGGCUCUGAAGGGUCUGCCUGGUUUUCCCAUCUUGGCCGACUGACGAGGAAUUCUGCAGUCAUUCUAUAAUUUUGCCUUGGUCUACAGCACACAGACAGUCUGCAGCCUCCGGGGCACUCUAGUCCUCACAGCAUGUUCAAGCCUGGUGCUCAGAAAGGAAAACCACUCAAAAGGCUGCUUAUCUUCAUCAGUGGCUGGCUGCCUUGACCCAUGUCUUUGUCAUCUUCCAGCUUCAAGUGUGGCCUCUACUUCCCAUACACACAGUGACAGUGACAAGCAUAUUCUUAUUGCCCCUAAAAUCUAGAUGUUGAAUUAAUCCUCAUUACAUGUGAUACCCACCGACAGACAGACAGCCACAUAGACAGCCCCGGAGCUAAAAGGUGGUGCUAAUACCUCUCUAAGAAUUAGCCCUAGAACAGUAUUCAGAGUUUCCCAAAAAGGAAACAUUGUUUGUAGCAGUGCCAUAAGCCCUCCUAGAGCCCUGAAGAAUCAUGUAGAAUCUCAGUGCUAAAAUGGAGCUGUAGUGGUGUCCCUAUGAGAUCCUCUGGCUGCUGCUACUGCUGCCUCUGUCUCCGCUGCUACAGCUCCACAGAUGCACCACAAUACCAGACUACACUUUUCAUUUUAACAGGAGAGCCAAGCUGUCCACUUAUGGGGGAUUACAGGAGCCAUCCUAACUGUCUUUGUAGAGAUAUAUUGUCUGGCAAUCAGCAAUAUUUUCAAAUUCUGUCUAUGGCUGCUGCUGUGGGGAUAGUAAGAGGGGGGUGGAGGACAGAGGGAGAGCUAGGAAGGAGUCCUUUAGAUGGAGUUGUUUUUAGAUGUGGCCCGGUAAACAGAGGUUGGAGAUGUGGUUUCAAUUCUGCAAGCUAAAAGCUGUUUAUAUCAAAGUAAUGAGUCUGAGCAGACGACCAAUUAGGAGAUUCCUCCCAUUUCUCUGUCUACUCAGGAAACCAACCCAAUGUUGGAAAGGUUAUCUGGUAUUAGGAGUGCUUGAGUGGGAGAGAUUUUAAUUGGUUUGGAUAGAGAAGCCUGGGUGUUGACUCAGGACCAAGCCUGCCUGCCGCUCAUCAUCUAGUUCUAGUUAUGAUGUGUCUUCAGGUGCACAAUAAUGUCUAUUUACUCUAGAUGAGUACAGUAACUGCUGGAAAAGGUUAGGUCAGCCCAUGCUCUCAAAUCUGCUCCAGUGGAAGGAAUGCAAUGAAGGUAUUUGUUGAAGAUAUUAUUUGAUUUUAUAUAUUUACAUAAUGAGCUCUUGAAUGUGACCCGAGGAUGAUUAAUCUAUCAAAAUCUGUCAAACGUAUUGUUUGUUUUUCUCCUCCAGCACCAGUGAUUACCUCAGCUCAACACAGAGCUACGGGACAAUAUUUAAAGAUGACCUUAAACGCUUGACAGGACUAAAUUAGGUCAUAUUACAGGCCCUGCAUUUAAGAUUCAGACAACCAUGGAUUACGCUAAAUGAUUGCCCUAAUCAAUAUUCCCUCAAGGACAAUUGCCAACUAAGUUUUGGCCGUAUCUCUGAGUUGACUGCCACGGUCGGCUCGCCAAAUAUCUAAUACCUAUUUAGCGACGCACAGAAACAAUCAGUACCUUUCAUCAUGUACAAACUCAUUAGCACUGACCUGUCUGAACAUUAUUCAUUGUCAAUAUUAAUAUCCUCCUUGUUUGUGUAGCCUGUCUCCAGAUCUGAUUGGUUGAUUGUCCAUUGUGGUGUGUCUAAUAAUGACAUUAAAUGAAAAGUCAAUGGGGAGGGGACAACCUUUUAAUCUGUGGUCACAAAGUGUGAAAGGUCUAUUUACGUGCUCCUUCUACCCUGUUGACACAGUUUCCUAUUGGUUUGGAAGCAGCUCAAUACUGCUUCUAAGUCUUCUGUUGUACUGUAAUGAUUCACCCACAGCCCUCUAUUAAGAAAUGGAUCCCACUAUUAAUUUGUGAGGGUUUUCCUUUCAGUUGCUCAUUUUUAUGCUGUUGUUCAUCCCAAGUGAUGUACCACUUACUGUAAACCACUCAGCUCAAAGCAUUUAUGACUCAAAUGUAAAUGAGUGUAUAGUACAUGUAUAUUGUUUCACUCAAGUAUCUUGGAAAGACAGAGAUCCUAUAGCGAGGAUGAAUAAACAAUAAAUAUCUGUGUCUUUCAGAACCACUUUGUUUGAAAGCGGUCCAUAUCCGUAUGGAUCUGAUUUCCAUGUGUAUGUGUUUGGGUGUUUGCCUCUGUGUGUGUCUCUGUGGGUAAACAUCCCAGAGGGCUCAUCAUCUCUCCUUUUUUUUCUCUCUCUCUCUCCGAAUUAAAGGUGGGAUCUGCAUCGCACAGUCUUUGAAAAUUCCCCACAACCCCAAACUGGAGGAUUAUGACAAAGCCAUCCAACAACUGCUGGAAACGCAGCACUCCCGGGCAGUUAUCAUCUUUGCCAGUGAAGAAGACAUACGGUGUGUAGUUCAGUACACAGCAUCCGAAUGCAUCUAUGUUGUUUAGGGGCUUUGAUGACAGGCCAAGUCGAGCUCUUUAAAAUGCAUAGCAGAAACCCUGAAGACAGGUUGUAGGCACAGACAGAUACUUUGUGAGUGUGUACACACUGGGUGUCUGUAACACAAACAUGCCUCCAAUAACACAAACAUAAACAUGCCUAGGAGGAGAAAUGAGAAUAUGGAAUAUCACAACAAAGCAGCAGAUAUUAUUUCAUUUACAAUACUUCUGAGUCUUACAAUAUGUCUCUGAGAGGAAACUCAACACUACAAGAAAUAGACAGACGGAUUGAUAGACGGACACAGCAGAGAGAAAGAAAGAGGGAGAGACCUCGAUAAUGUAUUGAAGACAAAGACGGAGAAAGAUUGAGACAGCUUAAAGGACAAGUUCUCAAUUUUUAAUGUAAAGGGAAUGUUAUAGACGUGUCCAGGCACUUUUUUGGUGAUUUCACUUGGUUUUGAGAAACGUACCCCACCAGCAAUAAACUUUUAGAAACGGCAAAGCUCUCAGUUUAGUGAUGCAGGUCUUUAGAUGUUGUACACAUGAGAUUGUAUAAUUUUGAACUUUAUCCGCAACAUUGUAUUCCAUUUUGUUGGACUCAAGCAGUGCUUUUCUGUGUGCGAGCAUUCUUGUGUCACCACAAUGGGAACGACACACAGAAAAGUAUUGAACUUUUCCUUAAAAAUCCUUAAAAAUCCUUUAACAUCUUAUAUCUAUCAAUAGAUUUAAAACACAGAGAAUAUAAAUACAUACAUGGUGUAAAUAUACAAUAAAUAUAAAUGGCACACAACUUCUGCAAUGUACUGAUAUACAGUUGAAGUCGGAAGUUUACAUACACCUUAGCCAAAUACAUUUAAACUCAGUUUUUCACAAUUCCUGACAUUUAAUCCUAGUAAAAAUUCCCUGUUUUAGGUCAGUUAGGAUCACCACUUUAUUUUAAGAAUGUGAAAUGUCAGAAUAAUAGUAGAGAGAAUUAUUUAUUUCAGCUUUUAUUUCUUUCAUCACAUUCCCAGUGGGUCAGAAUGUCACGAUCGUUUACGAACGAGAAGGACCAAGGCGCAGCGUGAUAAGCAUACAUGUUUAUUUAGACGAAUGAACACGCGACAAAACAACAAACGAAACGUGAAGUCCAAGGUAGCAUACACACAACGUACCUUACACGAAACAAGAUCCCACAACCCACUAGUGCCAACAGGCUACCUAAGUAUGGUCCCCAAUCAGAGACAACGAGCUACAGCUGCCUCUGAUUGGGAACCACCCUGGCCAACAUAUAUCUAUACAUACUAGAUCUAACCAUAGACAAUAAACAUAGCACAACACGACACAGAAAAUACACACCCUGACUCAACAAAUACGAGUCCUAGGGUCAGGGCAUGACAGUACCCCCCCUCCGACCGCGCCACAUAAACAUAACAGGGUAUGGGCCGGGUGGGCAUUCCGCCUCGGAGGCGGAUCCGGCUCCGGGCGUGACCACCACUUACUCUCCACCUCCCUGUUGCGCCCCUGGUCUGGUCUGGACCUCGGCGCGCUGCUUCCCCUCUCCUUCCUCCCACGACGUACCAAGUCCUGUCUGGGCCCUGGUGUGGGAGACGCCGAACCUGGAGAGGGGCUGACGUCUGGGUCUGGACUGGAACCGCUGACUGGAGCUGGACCCGACGACGGUGGAGCGAACUGCUCAGGCUCCGAACUGGAGCCGCUGACCGGAUCUGGACUGGACCCCGGUGGAGCGGAUUGCUCUGGCUCCGGAGUGGAGCAGCUGACCGGAGCUGAACUGGGCACCGGUGGAGCGGACUGCUCUGGCUCCGGAGUGGAUCCGCUGACCGGAGCUGGACUGGACCCCGGUGGAGCGGAUUGCUCUGGCUCCGGAGUGGAGCAGCUAACUGGUGCCGGACCAGGCACCGGUGGGACAGGCACGGGCCGUGCCGUACUGGACACACGCACCCCUGGCUUGAUGCGAGGGACAGGAACGGGACGUACCGGACUGGCGACGCGCACCACUGGUCUGGUGCGGGGAGCAGGAACAGACCGGGCCGGGCUGGCGACGCGCACCACUGGCUUGGUGCGAGGGGCAGGAACAGGCCGGGCCGGGCUGUUGACGCGCACCACUGGCUUGGUGCAAGGGACAGGAACAGGCCGGACCGGGCUGGCGACGCGCACCACUGGCUUGGUGCGAGGGACAGGAACAGGCCGGACCGGGCUGGCGACGCGCACCACUGGCUUGGUGCGAGGGACAGGAACAGGCCGGACCGGGCUGGCGACGCGCACCACUGGCUUGGUGCGAGGAGCAUGAACGGGCCGGGCCGGGCUGGAGACGCGCACCACUGGCUUGGUGUGGGGAACAGGAACGGGCCGGGCCGGACUGGGAACACGCACCACUGGCUUAGUGCGGGGAGCAGGAACGGGCCGUACCGGACUGUGGAGGCGGACUGGAGUUCUGGAGCGGAGAGCUGACACAACCCGUCCUGGCUGGAUGCCUACUUCCACACAAUAUGUGUGAGGCAUUAGCACAGGACGUACGGGGCUGUGCACGCGUACUGGCGAUACAGUACGUAGCACCGGGCAGGAUUACGGACCGAGGAGGCGUACUGGAGACCACGAGCGUGAGCCGCACACCCCGUCCUGGCUGAAUGCCCAUCUUCGCACGACACCUCGCGGCACAGUACGUAGCUCCGCAUAACACGGAGCCUGCCCAGUCACACGCUUCCUAGCAUGAGUACGGGGAGUUGGCUCUGCUCUAACACUAGGCUCCGCCAACCACCCUUUUAGCCCCCCCAAAAGUUUUCUUGGGGCUGUCUCUCGGGCUUCCUCCUCGGCCGGCACCUUCUGCGUUGCCGCUGCUCCUCUCUAUAGCGCGCCUCCACUGCCUCCUCCCAAGGACGCCGAUCCAUUCCGGCCUGAAUCUCCUCCCAAGUCCAGGAUCCCUUCCCGUCCAGGAUCUCCUCCCAGGUCCAGGCUGUCUGCUCCUGGACACGCUCUUUGGUCCUCAUUUGGUGGGAUCUUCUGUCACGUGUGGUCCUCUGUAGCUCAGCUGGUAGAGCACGGCGCUUGUAACGCCAAGGUAGUGGGUUCGAUCCCCGGGACCACCCAUACACAAAAAAUGUAUGCACGCAUGACUGUAAGUCGCUUUGGAUAAAAGCGUCUGCUAAAUGGCAUAUUAUUUAUUAUUACGACCGUUUACGAACGAGAAGGACCAAGGCGCAGCGUGAUAAGCAUACAUGUUUAUUUAGACGAAUGAACACGCGACAAAACAACAAACGAAACGUGAAGUCCAAAGUAGCAUACACACAACGUACCUUACACGAAACAAGAUCCCACAACCCACUAGUGCCAACAGGCUACCUAAGUAUGGUCCCCAAUCAGAGACAACGAGCUACAGCUGCCUCUGAUUGGGACCACCCUUGCCAACCUAGAUCUAUACAUACUAGAACUAACUAUAGAAAAUAAACAUAGCACAACACGACACAGAAAAUACACACCCUGACUCAACAAAUACAAGUCCUAGAGUCAGGGCGUGACACAGAAGUUUACAUACACUCAAUUAGUAUUUGGUAGCAUUGCCAUUAAAUUGUUUAACUUGGGUCAAACGUUUCGGGUAGCCUUCCACAAGCUUCCCACAAUAAGUUGGGUGAAUUUUGGCCCAUUCCUCCUGACAGAGCUGGUGUAACUGAGUCAGGUUUGUAGGCCUCCUUGCUCGCACACGCUUUUCCAGUUCUGCCCCCAAAUCUUCUAUAGGUUGAGGACAGGGCUUUGUGAUGGCUCCAAUACCUUGACUUUGUUGUCCUUAAGCCAUUUUGCCACAACUUUGGAAGUAUGCUUGGGGUCAUUGUCCAUUUGGAAGACCCAUUUGCGACCAAGCUUUAACAUCCUGACUGAUGUCUUGAGAUGUUGCUUCAAUAUAUCCACAUCAUUUUCCUUCCUCAUGAUGCCAUCUAUUUUGUGAAGUGCACCAGUACCUCCUGCAGCAAAGCACCCCCAGAGCAUGAUGCUGCCACCCCCGUGGUUCACGGUUCGGAUGGUGUUCUUCGGCUUGCAAGCGACCCCCUUUUUCCUCCAAACAUAACGAUGGUCAUUAUGGCCAAACAGUUCUAUUUUUGUUUCAUCAGACCAGAGGACAUUUCUCCAAAAAGUACGAUCUUUGUCCCCAUGUGCAGUUGCAAACCACAGUCUGGCUUUUUUAUGGCGGUUUUGGAGCAGUGGCUUCUUCCUUGCUGAGCGCCCUUUCAGGUUAUGUCGAUAUAGGACUUGUUUUACUGUGGAUAUAGAUACUUUUGUACCUGUUUCCUCCAGCAUCUUCACAAGGUCCUUUGCUGUUGUUCUGGGAUUGAUUUGCACUUUUCGCACCAAAGUACGUUCAUCUCUAGGAGACAGAACGCGUCUCCAUCCUGAGUGGUAUGAUGGCUGCGUGGUCCCAUGGUGUUUAUACUUGCAUACUAUUGUUUGUACAGAUGAACGUGGUACCUUCAGGCAUUUGGAAAUUGCUCCCAAGGAGGUCUACAAUUCUUUUUCUGAGGUCUUGGCUGAUUUCUUUUGAUUUUGCCAUGAUGUCAAGCAAAGAGUUACUGAGUUUGAAGGUAGGCCUUGAAAUACAUCCACAGGUACACCUCCAAUUGACUCAAAUGAUGUCAAUUAGCCUCUCAGAAGCUUCUAAAGCCAUGACAUCAUUUUCUGGAAUUUUCCAAGCUGUAUGAAUGCACAGUUAACUUAGUGUAUGUAAACUUCUGAGCCACUGGAAUUGUGAUACAGUGAAUUAUAAGUGAAAUAAUCUGUCUGUAAACAAUUGUUAAAAAAAUUACUUGUCUCAUGCACAAGUGUGUGUAAACUUCCAACUUCAACUGUAUGCAUCUUCAUAGGUUUCUGUGUACCCCCCUAAUGGAUUGCAUGUGUCCCUUCUGCUUUCUCCUAAUUCACACAUGGCUGCCUUUGCAGGGGAGUUCUCAAUGCCACCAAGAGAGCCAAUCAGGUGGGCCAUUUCCUGUGGAUUGGAUCGGACAGUUGGGGGGCGAAGAGUAGUCCAAUACACCAGUUAGAGGACGUGGCUGUGGGAGCAGUCACUAUACUGCCCAAACGCUCAUCUAUUAAAGGUACACACACACACACACGCACGCACGCACGCGCUCACGCACGCACACACACACACACACACACACACACACACACACACACACACACACACACACACACACACACACACACACACACACACACACACACACACACACACACACACAUACACACACACACACACAUACACACACACACACACACACACACACACACACACACACACACACACACACACACACACACACACACACACACACACACACACACACACUAUAUGGACCAUAUACACUAUAAUGACCACAAACUUGGCUAUGUGCAGUUGUAGGAGACAGUAGAACGCAUAUUGUUGUACUGUGGUCUUGUGCAUAGCUCACAAUCUCUACUGUUUUACCAGCAGUUCUACUCAGUGUCACUACAAUAAUAGCCAUUUAUCAUUACAAUCUGGGGACUAGGUGGAAAGUGAAGUGUGGGUUUUUAUAAAGCUUUUUUAAUUAGAGAGGUCUAGACAGGACAAGACUUAGUCUGGUAAGAGCCAGAAGGCAAGAGGAGUAUAUUAAACCAGCAUGCAUCAUUGAUGUCACUUUCAAAAGAAAAUCAGCCGAGUCAUUCAUUCAUGAUUAGUCAUUAUCUCUCUGAUUCAGCUGAUAAAACUGACCGUGUGAGAGAGAGGAAACCUGUGUAGACAUUACUGUAGGACUAUGAGUACAUCACAGCUGGAAAUGAUACAUCAAGCCUAGCUCUGUCUUUGUACUUGGUAUUGAUUAAUAUUACUGCUGAUCUAUUGAUUUCAUUGUAUAUUACAGUAAUUCAUUUACACACGGUAGAAGAAGUUUUAAAAAAGAGUGCAACAUAAAAUACAUAGACAUACAGGUGCGUAUAUAGAACCCCCACAGAAGGCUUUCUCAUAAAUAAAUAUAAAUGCCCAAAGCAUAAAGUGUAUUACACAAAAGUUAAUGGAUAUAUACUCUGUAUAUACAGACACCUACAAGGUACUGCCCUCAAAGGAAAUACUGUAGCGUAUAGACUUCACAUACAAACCCUGUUCUUAUUUACAAUGCAUCAUGUCAUAUUCAUGUGAUUUCCAAGAUUAAAGAUCCAGGUGGUACACAGGAACUACAGUGGUCAAACUUGAAUGAACAGUGGUUUAGUUGUACGGUAGCUAUGAGACUAAUACAACUCUUAACAGCCAGUACAGCACAGUGCUCCAGGAACACUGCCCAAGUCUCGCUUUAUUACUUCCAGAAUUCUCUUUUCUUUUUCGAUUCUCCAGGGUUUGAUGAAUACUUCACCUCGCUCACCCUGGAGAAUAAUCGCAGGAAUGUGUGGUUCGCUGAGUUCUGGGAGGAAAAUUUUGACUGCAGGCUCCUCAGCUCCUCCAAACGAGAGGACACCAGCAGGAAAUGCACAGGUAGGUAGCCAGAGAUUUGUUUUCUUGGGUAUUUGUAUUUUCAUUUGUUUGUUUGUGGGAGGGGGCAUUGCCAUUGGCAAUGGUGCACUAUUAAAAGAAGUAGCAUUGGUCCAUAGUAAAGUAAACGUUGUACUUUACACUGGACAAAUGCUACUUAUUUUAAUAGUGCACCAUUGCCAAUUGAAUGCAUUUGCACUUUAAUGCAUGUAAUGCUCCUAUACAAGGGUACAGGUAUAGGAAUAGACUUGAAUUGUAGUACACAUUUUAAUGCAGACUUGAAGGUGUAGGCCCACUGGAUAAUGCAAAUAGCUUAAAUAGCUGGUCCUACUGAGAGAGUAAAGUUGUGCCCAGUUGGGUAAAGGCACCAUGUCAGCAGUGUUCAGCUGUUUUAUGUAUGCUAAGUAGCUGGUAGAGCAAACAUGCAUGCCAUUUGGAGAGAUGCUGAUCAGAGAAACUACACAGAAAUGAUGAAAGUAAGUAAAGCUCUGCAGAUACAGUAACUCACUAUUGAUGCUCCCAAAGAGCUUUAUUACUGACACUGUUUUAAUCUAGCUGCAAGCAUUAUUCGUAAUGAGGUGUGUUGGGACUUGGGAGCGUUGAUAGUGUGGAAGUGUUUUUUUUUAAUAUGAUAUCUAUCCAUCCUACAGGUAUGCCAGCAAAGCUAAAAGAGAUACAAUACUACUAUGUCAGUGCUAGUGACAGGGAUUUAUAUAUUUGAUAUGGCUUUCCUGUGAAGUACUGAAGGGCCGGCCUUGUAGCUAUAGCAGUUGGAGUGACAGGGAUUUGUUUGUAUAAUAUGUUAUAUAGCAUCUUUCAUCAUUUCUUUAGGUGCCGCAUGCUACAGAUCAUAAACCACAUAAAAACUGUAUAUAGAAUAUCAACAAAGCUUAUAAGCAUUGUACAAAGACACUAAUAUGCCUCUUAUUCACAUCCACGUCCUUCAGCCAUACUAAGGAAGAUAUUCUCUUUUAACUGUGAAGUCGGCGUAGAGCUGCUUCCAUUUCUCUCUUUUUCACAUCUAACCAAGCCGAUCAAUAUUUAUGAAUGUGAGGUACUGAGGGGAAGGUUUUUUUUUUGCAUUCAAAGGUUUUUCUAUCAACGCUCUACUCACUGCUCUGGAAAACAACAAAGGUUAUCUGUGGGCUGAAAUGUUUGUUGAAAGAAGAGAAACUGGAGAGAAUGUCAACAUUUAUUGCUUUUGACCUUUUAAAGCUUUUGCCAGUCUCCCACAUUAUAUUCAUAUUCGUCAAGGUGACACAGCCUGUCUUUUUUCCUUCAAGUUCGCAACGUGCACUGGGAGUCUUUAUUCAGUAUUUACAUGUGAAAAUCACUCUGUGAUCUCCUUGCACUCUGGCAGCUUUUCCCUACAGUGCUCUAUAGCGCACCACAGUUAAUCUGUUAUUUUGUACUUUGGAUUUACGAGCUGCUUUCCAGUUAAUGCAUCCUUGUUAAUUACUGCUUGCGUGUUUCAAAUGAAUAUAUUCAGCGUCCAUAUGCCACGCUUAAUGACAUAACCUGUUCACAUUAGCAUGUAAAAAAUGGCAUUAUACCUCAGUCAAAGGCUCCCCACCCACAAAAAGGUGAGAGAGAAGAAAUCCCCCACCAACCUGAAGCCAUUCAUUACACAUUCAGUCAGGGUAUCACAAGUGAAAUGAAAAGUUCUAGUCCAUAGUGAAAGGACAGAGGAGCACUGAAGGGAGACAGUAAUAGAACAUGGGUCUGCUGACAAUGCUAGGAGAUGCCUCUAGAAUGCCUCUCGUCAUGGCCUUGAACACUCCUAAAAUGGGACAAAAGUUAUACAAAUCUCAACAAUAGGGCCUAUAGUGGGCUGACUUCACUAUGAAAUAUGCAUAUUUACCUACGGUAUUCAGUUCCACCUGCUCAUCUCCUUCUUGAGUAGCAUUUGGUUUUGCACUACUGCAACAGAACUCCGGACUGUGACCCAUGCUGUUCUACAUACACAAUAGGGUGAGUAAUUCACAGUGUGUGACUCUGUCCUUUUCUUGACCUCCCCUCUCUCCCGUCUCAUCCCUCAGGCCAGGAGCGGAUCGGGAUAGACUCCAAGUACGAGCAGGAGGGGAAGGUACAGUUUGUAAUAGACGCUGUGUAUGCCAUGGCUCACGCCCUCCACAACAUACAGAGAGACCUGUGUCCUGAGCACUCUGGCAUCUGCCCUGGGAUGGAGGCAGCCGAGGGGAAGACCCUGCUCAAGUACAUACGCGACGCCAGCUUCAACGGUCAGUACAUUUGUUAUCCCUGGACCCUGUUCAUGUGUGUAUCCUCAUAA